AUGCCUCGUAAGAAGAACUGGAAGAGUGCCUUGGCGAAGAAGAACAACACACAUAGACUCGUGGAUACUGGCCACGUUAAAAAUAGUACCAUAGACAUUACGAGUGACUGUGUGACAAGUGACAGACCUGAAAGACUCGUGGAUACUGGCCACGUAAAAAAUAGUACCAUGAGACGGGGGGAUACCACCUCCUUAAAAAGGGUACAUGAUUUGCCUUCUGGCGCCGAAAACAUGUCUGAGCAGCCUUUGGGCACCAAAACCUUGUCUGAACAGCCUUUGGGCGCCGAAAACAUGUCUGAGCAGCCUUUGGGCACCGAAACCUUGUCUGAACAGCCUUCGGGCGCUAAAGUCCUACCAAAUCAGCCCUUGGGCACUGAAAACUUUUCUGAACAGCCUUCGGGCACCAAAGUCUUGCCAGAAAAGCAGUGUGUAAGAAUUUUUUAUGUGGAAGCUCGAUAUUUCUCUUUGCAACCAAGACUUGACCAACAGUCAUAUAUAUCUUUGAAAUUUGGCUCUGUUCACCAGGCAAGUGAAUCAUUUCCAGCAGUUUCAAGAGGAAUGCAGUGUACUUGCAACAGUUUAAUUUCACUGAUAUCCUUACAAACUGAACAAUAUCAAGCGUCAAAACUUCAAAACAUUGAUAAUAUUCUCUUAGCUGGGGAUGAGUUAUUUAGAAUAAGAAUGGCAGAGUUAAAAUCAACCAACAGAUUUGUUUCGAAGAUGCUACAGUUUCAAGAACUGCCUUUGACCGUUUGUGUGUUCGGACAAAAUUAUAAAGUACAGUACCAUGAGCAGAUAUAUGGCUGUGUUACUCACUCUGAUUGGAAUGACUUACCAGAAACAUUGAACCUACAGGAAGGUGUUGACAGAUUAUUUUCUAACUACAAUGAAGGUCUUGUAAUUGUUGGAGGGAUUUGCUCAGCAGUGUAUCUAGAUAGCAACAGAAAUCCUUCAUUAUUUGAUUCACACUCGCAUGGCCUUGAUGGCUUGUCAUGUGUUGACGGCAGAGCAGUUGAAAUUAGUUUUCACAAUACAGAACAUUUGGUAAAUUUCAUGUUUUCGUAUUACCGAAGUGCAAACAUUCCUAUGAACAGUCACUGCCAGUUCGAAAUUCAACCAAUCACUAUCGUGAGACAGAUUGCAGUGAGAAGGUCAUUGAUUGACAAAUACUUUGACUAUCAGACUGAAAAAGCAUUGUUGAAAGUAAAACAUUCAUCUGUAAAUAAAAAAACAUAUAUGAAAGAAUAUAUGCAGAAAAGAAGGCAAAGUUCAAGUUUUAGAGACCGGCAAAAUUGCUGUUCUGUAAAGAGCAAGCAGAAAGCUCGGAAAAACCCAGAAUAUAAAUUAAAAGGACAACAAAGCACACUACAAAGCAUGGCAAAAGCCAGACAAAACGAGGCAUUUAGAGCUAAUGAAACUAAAGCAAAACAAAGAUCACGAGAAAAAAUUGAAACACGACAAAAGGAAAGACUAAGCACUCUUAAAACCAAGACAAAGGUCAGACAAAGCAAGGAAUUUAGAGAAUGUGAACUUCAAGCGAAACAAAGGUCAAGAGAAAAUAUUGAAACAAAAGAACAGGAAAGACAACGUACUCUUAAAAGUAUGACAAAGGCGAGACAAAACCAUGAAUAUAGAGAGUCUGAACUUUUAGCGAAACAAUGGUCAAGAGAAAAUAUUGAAACAAAACAAAAGGACAGACAAAGCACGCUUAAAACCAAGACAAAGGCGAGACAAAACAAUGAAUAUAGAGAGUCUGAACUUCAAGCGAAACAAAGGUCAAGAGAAAAUAUUGAAACAAAACAAAAGGACAGACAAAGCACGCUUAAAACCAAGACAAAGGCGAGACAAAAAGAAUUUAGAGAUUUAGAACUUAAAGUGAAACAAACAUCAAGAGAAAAUAUUGAAAUGAAACAAAAGGAAAGACAAAGCAUGCUCAAAAGCAAGACAAAAGCCAGACAAAACCCGGAAUUUUGUAAACUUGAGAUGAAAAGGAAAAGACUUUUACGAACAAAUCCACUGCAGCUUGAAAAGGAAAGAGUGAAAAAGCAAGAAAAUAGAAAAAUGCAUCGACAAAUGGAAAGAAGCAAAGACAGGUUUUCUAAAACCUUGAAAAGAAAGGCUGUUGAAUUGGUAGAACAUGAAAGAUCAUUAAGCAAAAAAAGACAAGUGGGUAGUACAAUUGAUGAGUCCAUUGUUAAGUUUCGUGCGAGAGUCGCAAAUGGCCUAAUUUAUGCUUGUACCUGUUGUCAUCAAACAUGGUUUCGUAAAAGUGUUGUCCAACUUGACAAAGCUCACAUUUCAUUGGAAAGCAAGCAAAUAUGUACAGGUCUUGGGUCAGUUGAUGGAAAAGAAUGGCUGUGCUCGACGUGUCUGGCUUCAUUAAGAGAAGAGAAGAUACCGAAGUUGUCGGUAAAAAAUGGCAUGUCUUGGCCUAAAACACCUGCGGUUCUCAAUUUGCACUCUCUGGAAGAAAGGUUGAUAUCACAACGGAUUCCGUUUAUGCAAAUACGUGAGCUUCCCAGAGGUGGUCAGUUAUCUGCAAAAGGAAAUAUUGUGAAUGUGCCUGUUGACAUACAGCCAACUAUCAAUGCACUUCCGAGGCAACUUGAUGUACAUGUAACGAUUGCAGUGAAAUUGAAAAAGCGUUUAUCUCACAAGUCGUCUUGUUUUUCUGAAAACAUUCGUCCUGAGAUUGUUAUAAAAGCUCUAAAAUGGUUGAUGGAAAACAGUGAGCUAUACAAAAAUUCAAACAUAAAAAUUGACCACACUUGGGAGAAAAGAAUAACAGAAGCAGAGGAUGAGCUUAUUACAGAAUUAACUGGCAGUUCUCAUUCAAGAGAUGACAGAGACUCUGAGGAGGUAUCUGAUGGCUUUUGUGAAAUUUCUGCAGAAGAUGGAACUCAAGGCAAUACAGAUACACUAGUGGAUGAAGCAGUUAUUGACACAAACAAAAUAUAUGUAUUUGCUCCUGGAGAAAAUCAGAAACCUGUUGGUUUGUAUGAAGACAAAGAUGCAGAAUACCUUUGCUUUCCUUCCAUAUUUUGUGGGCAGCGAAGAGUGGACAAUGAAAACCGAACCAAAAAUGUAUAUUACAGUGACAUUGCAAAAUGGGAAUUGAGAAGUGUUGAUAGAAGAGCUGCUCAGUCCGUUCCAAAUAUCUUUUUUAAACUGAAAAAAAUCCAGAUCAAACAAGUCGGUGACAAAGUCAACCUUGCAGUUAGGCGAUGCAAAUCAGAAGGGAAAAAGAUAACCGCUGGACAAGUUAGAAAUGAACCGUCUGCAAAUCAAAUUGUUCGACUGAAUGAGGGUUACUAUAUUUUUAGAACAUUGAGAAACUCCCCUGCAUACCUGUCAUCCAAGAAAAAAGAUGCAUUUGCAAUGAUACGACAACUGGGUCUACCAACAUGGUUCAUGUCAUUGUCUUCAGCUGACACAAGAUGGCCAGACCUUCUGCAAACUUUGGCUACACUAGACGGAACUAUUCUGUCAGAUGAAAAUCUUGAAUCAUUAGACUGGAAAACAAAAACUAACUUGGUUAAGAAAGAUCCAGUGACCUGUGCCAGAUAUUUUGACAAUAGGGUACAAGAGUUCAUCACCACUUUCUUGAAAAAUAACCAUAACCCAAUCGGAGCUAUUACCGAUGUUUUCAGGAGAGUUGAGUUCCAGAAUAGAGGUUCACCACACAUACACAUGCUUCUCUGGACAAAUGAUGCACCAAAAUAUCCAAAUGAUGACGAAACUUUGAUAGUGGAAUACAUAGACAAAUAUGUCACUUGUUCACUGCAAACGGAUGAUCCAGAAUUUGAACCUCUUAUUAACCUCCAAGUACACAAGCAUUCUAAAACCUGUAAAAAAGGUGGAAAAUCUGUGUGUAGAUUUGGCUUUCCUCUCCCUCCAUUGCCACAAACUAUGCUGCUUGAGCCUCUGGAAACGGACAUUGAACAGUACAGGAAAAAGUAUAAGGAUCUGCAACAAAAGAUGAACGAGUACAAAGAUGGUUGUGACAUGCAGUUUAAAACUUUCCUCCAUGACGUUGUAGACAUGUCGCUUGAAGAGUACAUCAAGUGCAUCAGAGCAUCUUUAAAAGGUCCGAAAAUUUUCCUUAAAAGAUGUCCAUCCGAAAUGAGGGUAAACUACUAUAAUCCAGCUGUUCUCAAAGCUUGGACUGCUAACUUGGACAUCCAGUUUGUACUUGACCCAUAUGCUUGUGCAACAUACAUAGUCUCGUACAUCAGUAAAUCACAGAGAGGCAUAAGUGCUAUGCUAGACAAGGCAUCACAAGAAGCAGCUGAAGGAAAUAUGGACUUAAAGCACCAAGUGAGACAUAUUGGUAACAAGUUUCUUAAUUUUGUUGAGGUCAGUGCUCAAGAAGCCAGUUACCUAAUACUCCAGAUGCCUUUGCCACAAGCAUCCCGAGAUGUGGUGUUCAUCAACACUUCUAUACCUGGUGAAAGGGUCUUUCUCCUUAAAACAGAAAAUGAGAUCAAUGAACUACCAGAAAACUCUACAGACAUUCAUGCAACUAGUAUGAUUGAGAGGUACUCAAAACGCCCAAAAAAGUUAGAACAGUGGUGUUUGGCUGAUUACGUCUCCCAACUAGAAGUAACAUUCCCUAAAGAUAUGUUAAAGCCAGAACGAAAUGAAGAAAAAAAUGAUGACGAUGAACUGAAAAAUGAUGUUCAAUUAAACACACAAGACACCUCAGAUACUGAAAUGGAAACAGAGCCAUUCACAGCUAAAGAUGUACUUGUGACAUUGAAAAAUGGUAUAAAAAUCAGGAAACGCAAAAAUGACCGAGUCAUCAGAUUUGUCGGAUUUAGCAAAAAAACUAAUCCUGAAAACUACUACAGAGAGAAACUCCUUUUAUAUCUGCCAUGGCGAAAUGAGCAAAAAGACAUCCUUGGUAACUGCGACACUCAUGAGGAACAUUACAAGAAAAAUGCUGAAACGAUUCAAAUAAAACAAAAGGUUUAUGAACACUUUACAGACGAAUUGGAACAAGCAAAAGAACACGCUGAGGAAGACUCGUUUGAUUUUGAUGAAGUUGCACCAAAUACAGAACAUGUCGAAGCUGAAGACGCAGAUGUUGGUAGUUCACCUUCUGAAGAUUUAAUCCAUUUUGACCCAGAUUCUGUUCAGCAUAAACAAUUUGACAUCGGACCCGAAAUUGGUUUAGGUUCAAAAACAACAGAUAUAGAAGCUAGCGCUGUUCGUUUGCCUGAUGAUCAAUACUAUACACUGCUACAAUCUCUCAACCCUAAGCAAAGAGAGUUCCACAAUCAUGUCACAAAAUUCAUUAGAAAUCAAGAAGAACCAUUGUAUGCAUUUCUUACUGGCGGAGCAGGGACAGGAAAAUCUGUAGUAAUUGAUGCAGUAUAUCAGACAUUACAUAGAUCAUUAUGUUCUGAAGAGGGAGAAGACCCAGAGGAUGUCAGAAUAAUGUUAUGUGCAUACACGGGAAAAGCUGCGUACAAUAUUGGUGGUACUACACUUGCUUCUGCUUUUCACAAGAAAAUGUAUCAAACACAGCAACAUAUGCAUGCUGAUGAAUUGAACUCUCUCAGAACAAAGUUUAGAAAUUUGUCAGUUGUCAUCAUUGAUGAGAUUUCCAUGGUUGGCAAUAAACUACUAACUUUUAUCAAUGAAAGGCUUCAACAAGUGACUGGCAAAAAAACCGAUUUUGGUGGAAUCAGUGUUAUUGCUGUAGGUGACUUGUACCAGCUUCAACCUAUUGCUGACUCUUGGAUUUUUAAAGACCUUUCAAACCCAGGUCAAGGCUUGGCAACAAAUCUCUGGAAAAAGCACUUUAAAGUUUUUGAGCUUGAUGAAAUCAUGAGACAAAAAGGAGAUGUCCAAUUUGCAGAACUUCUUAACAGACUUCGCCAUGGUGAAUUGUCCGCACAAGACCGAUCAUUGCUCUCAGAACGUAAAGUAGUCCAAGGACAGGAAAACUACCCAAGCUCUAUCACUCAUUUAUUCAUAGAAAAUAGAUUUGUGGAUGACUUCAAUUCAACUCUGAUUGAGAAACUUCCUACGAACAAGGUCACCGUUAAGGCUGAUACAGACAUUAUUUCACAAACCAAAAUGUCAGCAGAAAUUAAAAACAGAUUAAUACAAGCUUUGCCAGAUAAACAAUCAACAACAGGACAGCUCAAAUCUAGCCUUGCAGUAGCUGUAGACAUGCUAUAUGACGUAUCUGUAAAUCUUGAAGUGAGUGACGGUUUGACCAAUGGUGCAACCUGUGUAGUGAAGCAUAUUGAAUACAAAGAUUCCAAUACAAGACCUGCAAUAGUCUGGGUUCAGUUUGAUGACUUCAAAGUUGGCACAAACCGAAGAAAUCAAUACAAACACCUGUAUACUUCAACUAUUGAUGCCACAUGGACACCAAUGUUUGAAACAAAACGAACUUUUCUAUACAACAGAAAAACAUUUGAAAGAGUUCAAUUUCCACUUCAACCAUCAGCAGCAAAAACUGUGCAUAAAGCUCAGGGUGCUACUCUUGGAGGCGUUGUCGUUAGUUUGAAUCAAACACGAGCACGAAAGAUACCGCAUAUCCAUUAUGUUGCACUUUCUAGAGUGAAAUCUUUGAAUCAGCUACAUAUCCUUGAUUUUAAUGAGCUAAGCUUGGCCAAAGAUGAAGCAGUUGACUCAGAAAUGCAAAGACUUAGAGAACAUGUAUUAACACUUUGCUUCAGACCUCUAUAUCACAUUGAAGCGGAAACAAAAUGUCUAUUCAACAAUGCUCGAUCUCUUCACAAACAUUUUGCUGAUAUCAAGUCAGAUCCAAAUGUCUAUGCUGCAGACAUAAUUGGAAUUGCAGAAUCCAGACUUUGUGAUAGAGAUGCUGACGAAACUGUAUCGUUGAGCGAUUAUCAAAUUUACAGAAAUGAUUCUCACUGUUCAG